UCCACCUUAAUGAUCGCCAGUUUCACCCGUGCAUCAAACAAUUCAGCCAGGAACAGCUGGCCUUCUGGCUUUUUAAUCUCAACGUCCCUUCUUUUCCUUUUCCUGCCUUAUAUCCUUCUUUUGCGUUGCGUUGAUCCAUCUCGUCGUUCGCAGGCCGAAUACCACUAUCACGGAUAUACGGUCCGUGUAGAGUGGGCGAAGACCUUAGGUCGCUUGGAGCAUUUUCGCAAUAUCUGGUCUUUUCGACAUUGAAAAUAUACUGUCGUUCUUUUUUUAUCGCAAAAGUUACCACCUCAACUGGAUCAAGAGAUAUCGCAUUUGAUUUAUAGAAAGAGAUAGAACAGGAAUUUCACAGCAUGUCACCAAAAAAGACCCAGAAGAAGCCGAAGGCAGUAAAAGAGGUGGAACCACAGGCGCAAAAUGCUUCAGCAUCAACUAUCCUCUUGAAUGUUGGUAGAGCGGCAGCACUCCUCCUGGUUGCAGGUUUCGCAUCACCAGUUUCGCAGCUCAAUCUAUCACCGGUCUAUGGAUCAAUUCCUGCAUCCCUACAUCACCAACGCACGAUGACCCUCACUGCUGUUGGAGCUCUUAUCACGCGACGCGCUUUGAAGAGCUACGUAUCUGCAAAUGUCGCACAGUACAUCGCUGUAGUUGCGUACUGGACCCCCGUCAUUCAGUUUCUACUGUUUCCAUACAGCGGAAAGAUCGGUAUCGAAUAUGGACCUCUACUCAUCGAGUCCCUGACAUACUUUCCCCUGCUAUUCCUCUCAGUGUUCGCUGCGGCCGAUCUCCUGGAAUGCAUCGACAUCACUGGUAUCAACCCCUCGCCUAUCAAGGAGGUCAUUGUCCCUACGGCAUCCUACUUUACCGUGUCGACCGUGGCCAAGAUCAGCAGCGCUCUCAUCCCAAGCUUCAUCGGAACAUCCGUUUACUUUACACGCGUGGGUAUGCAGAUGCUGCUUGCGUCAGCAUCUGCCUUCUUUAGCCCAUCGCGUGUCAUCCUCUUCGCCUUCCCAGCAAUUCUGCACACGCUCUGGACAAACCCGCAUCACCCUUCAGCUCAUGGUCUCCAAUUAGCAAACUCCACGUUGCAAGCUACACAAAACUACACGCUUCUCGCUCGUCAGGAAUCUGUUACGGGAUAUGUAUCCGUCCUCGAGAACCACGCCGACAAUGCUUUCCGUCUCCUUCGAUGUGACCACUCUCUCCUUGGUGGCGAGUGGCAAGUCACACCGCAAGCUUAUGCUAAGGGUCAACGGCAACGGGAAUCCAUAUUCGCGGUCUUUGUCCUUCUCGAAGCUGUCCGUCUCAUCGAACCGCCAGUAGACACUCUACCUACUAUCGAUGAUAGCAAGAAGUCCGCUCUGGUAAUUGGUCUUGGUAUCGGCACGGCACCUAACGCCAUGAUCAAGCACGGCAUCAACACUACAAUUGUCGAACUUGACCCUGUAGUCCACCACUACGCCACGAAAUACUUUGAUCUGAGCCCCGAUCACACCGCCGUAAUCGACGACGCAACCGCCUACGUCGCGCGCAAAUCCGUAUCAACACCAGGCAGCUUCGACUACAUCAUUCACGACGUCUUCACCGGCGGCGCAGAACCUGUCUAUCUCUUCACCACAGAGUUCAUGCAAGGCCUCUACGACUUGUUGACACCAGAGGGUGUUGUAGCGAUCAACUACGCUGGUGACCUUACACUGGGUUCGACCAGACUAGUACUAAACACCAUUCACGCCAUCUUCCCUGCCUGCCGCCUCUUCCGCGAUUCUCCCGCACCAGAGGAACACAAAGAGGGUGAAGCUGAUUUCAUCAACAUGGUCAUUUUCUGCGUCAAGAACGAUCAUGGGCUAGGCAAAGCGGCUGUUAAGUUCCGUGAUGCGGUUCCAAAGGACUUCCUAGGUAGUAUUGCACGCACAAAUUUCCUUCAGCCGCAGAGGAAGUUGGAGGUCAAGUACGAUUUCGUCAGCAAGGAAGAUGGAGGUAGGGUUAUGGGUAACGCGGAUGUUGGCGAGUUGGAGAAGUUCCAUGAAGAUGGUGCGGUUAGUCAUUGGAAGAUUAUGAGGUCGGUGUUACCAGAGGGCGUGUGGGAGAUGUGGUGAGUGGGAAGUACGCAGCCGUAGUGGGUAGAGCUGCGUGAUGAUAGAGUGGAAGAGAAAGACUGUUGUACACGACGUGGAAUAUAUACUAGCGACGAUAGCUGAUAUUCAACUAUUGAUAAUU